AUGCGCUACAUGUGGGCGCGCGAGCACUACAAGAACGGCGUCAACAACAACUGGACGCCGGAAGAGAUCUCGAUGCAGAAGGACGUCGAGCAGUGGAAAUCAGACCGCGUACUGUCGAACACCGAGCGCCGGCUGAUCCUCUGGAACCUGGGCUUCUUCUCAACUGCCGAGUCGCUGACCGCCAACAACAUCGUGCUGGCGGUCUACAACCACGUCACCAACCCGGAGUCGCGCCAAUACCUGCUGCGCCAGGCUUACGAGGAGGCGGUCCACACCGACACCUUCAUCUACUGCUGCGACACCCUCGGUCUCGACCCGGACGAGAUCUUCAACAUGUACGAGACCAUCCCCUCGAUCAAAGAGAAGGAUGACUUCGUCGUCGAGAUCACCCAGACUGUGUUCGACCCGGCCUUCACCACCGAAGGUACCGAGAACAUCCAGCGCUUCGUCCGCGACCUGGUGGGCUUCUACGUCAUCAUGGAGGGGAUCUUCUUCUACGCCGGAUUCGCCAUGAUGCUGGCGCUCAAGCGGCAGAACAAGAUGGUCGGCAUCGGCGAGCAGUUCGAGUACAUCAUGCGCGACGAGUCGAUCCACCUGGCCUUCGGCUGCGACCUGAUCAGCACCAUCAAGGCCGAGUUCCCGGAGUGCUGGACCGAGGAGUUCAAGAACGAGAUCAUCCUCUUGAUCGACCGCGCCGUCGAGCUCGAGCAAGCCUACGCCUACGACGCCUGCCCCGAAGGCCUGUUGGGCAUCAACGCCGACCAGUUCGCCGAAUACGUCGAGCACAUCGCCGACCGCCGCCUCGAGCGCCUCGGCCUCGGCAAGCGCUACAACAAAGAAAAUCCCUUCCCCUGGAUGUCCCAAGCCACCGACCUGGCAAAAGAGAAGAACUUCUUCGAAACCCGGGUCACCGAGUACCAGAUCGGGGCAUCGCUAGACUGGGAUUGA